GGGCCGGCGCAGGCUCGGGCGUUGCACGGCGCGGGCGGGAGCCGCCGGACGAGGCCCAGGGAGCUGCUCGCCCCGACCCCGCCGCCCGAUGUCCUCAAGAUGGAGGCAGCGGGGGCGGCGGCGUGAAGAAAGCCGCGCUGUGCGCGCGGGAGCAGCGGGCCGGGCUGUCCGGGCGGAGACGGUGGCGGGAUGGGGCUGCUGCUCAUGAUCCUGGCGUCGGCGGUGCUGGGCUCCUUACUCACGCUCCUCACCCAGUUCCUGCUGCUUUACCGCAAGCAGCCCGAGCCGCCGCCGGUCGAGGCCGCCCGCGCGCGCGACGGCUUCCGCUACCUCAGGCCGGUGCCGGGCCUGGCCCUGCGGGAGUACCUUUAUGGCGGUGGCGGGGCCGAGGAGCCCUCCGGCGGGCCCUCCGAGGGCGGCGCCACCCCGACCCCCGAGACCCCCGCCCCGCCGACGCGGGAAACCUGCUACUUCCUCAACGCCAUCAUCCUGUUCCUGUUCCGGGAGCUGCGGGACACCGCGCUGGCCCGCCGCUGGGUCACCAAGAAGAUCAAGGUGGAGUUCGAGGAGCUGCUGCAGACCAAGACGGCCGGGCGCCUGCUGGAGGGGCUGAGCCUGCGGGACGUGUUCCUGGGCGAGACCGUGCCCUUCAUUAAGACCAUCCGGCUGCUCCGGCCCGUGGUGCCCUCGGCCCCCAGCGAGCCCGACGGCCCCGAGGGGGAGGCGCUGCCCGCCACCUCCCCGGAGGAGCUGGCCUUUGAGGCGGAGGUGGAAUACAACGGGGGUUUCCACCUGGCCAUCGACGUGGACUUGGUCUUCGGCAAGUCCGCCUACCUGUUCGUCAAACUCUCCCGCGUGGUGGGGAGGCUGCGCUUCGUCCUCACGCGCGUGCCAUUCACCCACUGGUUCUUCUCCUUCGUGGAGGACCCGCUGAUCGACUUCGAGGUGCGCUCCCAGUUUGAAGGGCGGCCCAUGCCGCAGCUCACCUCCAUCAUCGUUAAUCAGCUGAAGAAAAUCAUCAAGCGCAAGCACACCCUCCCGAGUUACAAGAUCAGGUUUAAGCCAUUUUUUCCAUUCCAAACCUUGCAAGGAUUUGAAGAAGAUGAAGAAGAACAUAUCCAUAUACAACAAUGGGCACUUACUGAAGGCCGCCUUAGAGUUACAUUGUUAGAAUGUAGCAGGUUACUCAUUUUUGGAUCCUAUGACAGAGAGGCAAAUAUUCACUGCACACUUGAGUUGAGCAGUGGUGUCUGGGAAGAAAAACAGAGGAGUUCUAUUAAGACGGUUGAAUUAAUUAAGGGGAAUUUACAGAGUGUUGGCCUUACACUUCGUCUUGUCCAGUCAACUGAUGGUUAUGCCGGGCACGUCAUCAUUGAGACUGUGGCCCCAAACUCGCCUGCUGCGAUUGCUGAUCUUCAGCGAGGAGACCGACUGAUCGCGAUCGGAGGUGUGAAAAUCACAUCUACACUGCAAGUGUUGAAGCUCAUCAAGCAGGCUGGUGACCGGGUCCUGGUGUAUUAUGAGAGGCCCGUUGGCCAGAGUAAUCCAGGUGCAGUUCUGCAAGAUAAUUUUGGACAGUUGGAAGAAAACUUUCUGUCAAACUCAUGCCAACCAAACUAUGAAGAAGAGGCAACUGGGUUGGCAGUAGAUACUGAAAAUAGAGAUCUGGAUUCAGAAUUUGAAGACUUGGCAAGUGACGUUAGAGUUCAGACUGAGUUCAAAGAUGAAGCACAAACGGCAAGUCAUAGUCCGAAACGUACUCCAACAUCACUUUCUGUUAGGCCCCUUGGGACAAUAUCACCAGUUUUAAACCGUAAAUUAGUUGUAGGGACUCACCCACCGCUACCAAAACUCCCAUCCAAAGAAGGAAACAGACCCUUGGCCCUAAAACCUUCUGAGACAACAGACCCAGCACAAGUGUCAAAACCCACCCAAGGAUCCACUUUCAAACCGCCUGUGCCACCACGCCCGCAAGUGAAAGUUCCUCUGCCGUCUGCCGAUGCCCCAAGUCAGGCGGAGCCAGACGUUCCUGUUGAAAAGCCAGAAAAGGUGCUGCCUCCUCCUCCUGCAGAUAAAGCUGCCGAGAAGCAAGCGAAAACUGGGGAUCACCUGGAAGACGUAGCUGCAUCAAAGCAGCUCUUAACAAAGCAAGAAGUGGCGAAAGACUUAAGCUCAGAAAGUCCCUGCCCUCCUAAGGACAGUUCGGAUGACCCGCAGAUGUGGGAAUCCUCAGAAAUCCCCUAUCGUAACAAGCUAGGAAAAUGGACAAGAACCAGAGCAACCUGUGUCUUUGACAUAGAAGCCUGCCACCGAUACUUAAACAUUGCACUGUGGUGCCGGGAUCCUUUCAAGUUAGGGGGGCUCAUCUGUUUGGGGCAUGUUAGCCUAAAACUUGAAGAGGUGGCUUUAGGAUGCCUGGCCACAUCAAACAUGGAGUACCUGUCAAAGUUCAGGCUGGAAGCCCCAUCCCCGAAGGCCAUGGUCACGAGAACCGCACUGCGCAAUCUGAGUGUGCAGAAGGGAUUCAAUGACAAAUUUUGCUUUGGUGACAUUACUAUUCAUUUCAAAUAUUUGAAAGAAGGAGAGCCGGACCACCAUAUAGUUACUAACUUGGAGAAAGAAAAAGAACUUCACUUGGUCGAAGAGGUUUCUGCCUUACCCAAGGAGGAGCACUUUGUUGGACAGCUGGGUUUAACAGAAAAUAAGCAUAGUUUUCAGGACACUCAGUUCCAGAACCCAACUUGGUGUGAUUACUGCAAGAAGAAAGUUUGGACUAAAGCCGCUUCCCAGUGUAUGGUGUGUGCGUACGUUUGCCAUAAGAAAUGCCAGGAGAAGUGUCUAGCCGAGACUCCUCUUUGUGGGGCGGCUGACAGGCGGAUAGACCGGACCCUGAAAAACCUCAGGCUGGAAGGACAGGAAACCCUCCUGGGCCUGCCUGUUCGUGCCGAUGCGGAUGCUAGCAAGUCAGUCAAUAAAACAACAGGCUUGACGAGGCACAUUAUCAAUACUAGCUCUCGUUUGUUAAAUUUGCGUCAAGUGUCUAAAACCCGCCUUUCUGAAGCAGGAACUGAUCUAGUAGAACCUUCACCAAAACACACCCCCAACACGUCGGACAAUGAAGGUAGUGACACAGAGGUGUGUGGGCCAAACAGUCCCUCUAAACGGGUGAACAGCACAGGGAUAAAGUUAGUGAGAAAGGAGGGAGGGCUGGAUGACAGCGUCUUCAUUGCAGUUAAAGAAAUUGGCCGUGACCUCUACAGGGGCCUGCCUACAGAGGAGAGGAUCCAGAAACUUGAGUUCAUGCUGGAUAAACUGCAAAAUGAAAUUGAUCAGGAGUUGGAACAUAAUAAUUCCCUUGUUAGAGAAGAAAAAGAGACAACCGAUGCGAGGAAAAAAUCACUUCUUUCUGCCGCUUUGGCUAAAUCAGGUGAAAGACUGCAAGCCCUGACACUUCUUAUGAUCCACUACAGAGCAGGCAUUGAGGAUAUCGAAUCUUUAGAAAGUCUGUCCUUAGACCAGCACUCCAAAAAAAUAAGCAAAUACACAGACGAUACAGAAGAAGAUCUUGAUAAUGAAAUAACCCAACUAAUAGAUUCUCAGCCGUUCAGCAGCAUAUCAGAUGACUUAUUUGGCCCAUCUGAGUCUGUGUAACGAACAGUCUAUUUAAACUUUCAGGUGAUUGCGGGGAAAGUUGCAUCUAAAGUACCACGGAUAUAACCGCGUUUAAACCCUCUUCUAAUGCACUUCAAUCUGCUUCUCCACAGUUAUUUGCUUGUGUUAAGAACAGGAAUGAAAAGGUUGUUUUCCAGCAAAACCAUGACCAGCUCACUAAAUUGGUUAUUUCAGAUUGCAUUUAUAGCUAUGCUAUUUGGGUUUAUACCUGGAAUUUAUUUUUACUAAUUUAUUUUUAACUUUUUCUAAUUAUGAGAUUAUGUAAGAUGACUUUUCAUGUUUGUGUAUGUGAUGUCGCAUUGUGCUGUUUUCCUUCCUCUUAGUUUUUGAAUUAGUGUUAAACAGGACACUGGCCAGAUUCUUUAAUAUCUUUAUUUCUAUCACGGUUAUAACAGAUUGCUGCGUGCCCAAAUUGACAGCAGCAAUCACUGAGGGAACAGGUUUUGAAUCUUAUAAUUUUUUAGGAGGUUUGUCAUCUCUACUUGCUUGAGAUUUUUAUUAUUUUGGGGUUCGUGGGGGGUGCUUUUUGUCUUGUUUUUUGCCAAAUGUAACACGAAAGCAGAUACUAUGGCUUUAGUCAGUUAUACUGAUUUAGUAAAAACAAAAAUUACAUAUAUUGCUUGCUUUAUAUGCCUCUGUGAAAUUUUUUUCUAAAGUUUUGUGCAGUUGAAGUAUAGUAAGGAUACAGUGAUUAAUUUGAAGAGCUUGCACUGAAAAACAAAAUGUAGUAAGGCGUAAACAUAGAACACUGUUGGCAAAGAAUUUUGUAGCAAGAUAAGAUUACUGAAAAACCACCACCAUAGGAUUUUGAAACAUUAUCUUUCAAAUGUUACUUUCCCUUUAAAAGGAAGUUCUAAACACUUAUGAUUAUUUUUCAUCUUCAGUUCUCCCAUAGGAAAUAAAGCAUUUGCAAGGAUAUUUAAAGUUUCAGAGGACUGUUCUUAAAAUGACCACGUUGAUAACUGGUUUCGGCUGUUUUGUUUUAGAAACAUUUUCAUGUAGGAGAAUGUUGUGAAGGAGAGGAAUCAUACAGAAUAGAUUUAUUGCUUUGUCUGACAUCCUACAGACUAAAAGGAAUGGUGAUCAUUCUGAAUGCUUCUGUAGUUCAGACUAUUUUUCAUACAUGAGAAAAAAAUAAAUAAAAAUAGACAGUAUAGGUACAUAGGAAUUGGGAUCAGUUCUCUGAAAAUGAAGAUCUACUGUGAUACUUGGUCCAUCAUGUGGCUGCCAGUAACACGUGACUGAGGGAGAAGUAAGUAUGACCUCUGUCUGUGCGCCAUGGAAAUUUUGGCUUUUCGUGUGCCUAUAAAAGGAUCUGUAUGCUUUUCCCUUUUGUAGGUAAGUACUAUGAUCACUUAGAUAUAUAUAUAAACUAGAUGGGACAGCUGUAUGGCUGACAGAAAAAGGCAUGUAUAAUAGUAUGGAUUCUGACCCGAAUCUAUAGCCCAGGAUGCCACACAUCAGUUGAAGGUCAAGCUCUUCCAUCGGCCGUGACUGAAUUGUAUAACCACAGGCAAACCACCAAAGGGCUUCGUGCCCCAGCUCCAAAGUAGGAAUAAACAAGAUUUACUCUAUCUCACAGGACUGCGGUGAGGGGAACAACAGCAUAACUAAGUGUUCUGAAUAGUAAGAAGUUAUUCAAAUGAAAGGUAUGACUCAUACGGGCACUAAAAGCAUUUUUGAGGGUAAAAAAGUUAUUCCACUUUUAAAAUCAAUAGCCAGUUCUCUUUUCUGCUAAGUGAAAUAUUAGGAAACAAUACUUUCCUGGCCAAGUUAAUCACAAAUAUAGCUGUGUAUAUCCCUGUUUAUUUAAGCAUGCUUGCGUUCUAAAAGGACACCGCUAUGGAAGUCUUUAUACACAACCUUCUCUGAAAACUAAAAUGAUGUUCUGUAACAUGUGCUUGAAACAAUCUGCCCAAUGUGAUAACCAGCUUUCAUCUUAUACAAAGUAACUCACCACAGACAACCUGGAAGGUGGCGUGUCAGGAAGGGCUGGUGCUUAUUGAUCACGCCACGGAAGUCUUAGUGGCCGACAUCCAAGCCUGCUGCUGUAACUGGCGCAUUUGAAAGAGCUGGAGAAAUACUGCAAAACUUUGGUUUCGUAAAAAUCAACUUGUGCUUUAAACGUAUUUAACUCUGUAGAACCACAAUGAUGGAAAGCUCAGUAAUGCUGCUCAUGAUAUUUGUAAAAUACACCUUUCACGUAGUGCGGUGUUUUUUAUACACAUUGGGAGAAGCAGUAGAGGCAUCGUGGUUGUACUUUAGUGCCGGGGUCGGGGGGACAACACUCCAAGGAGCCCGGGGGACACUGAGAUCUACGGCUUCGAUGGAAACAGUUGUGUUAUAUUACAUUCCUGAUGUAAUCUUGCUGCCAUGCUAUGUUAUCAAUAGCUUCAAAAUAAUAAUAAAAACUACCACAGAAAACAAGAAUAUCUUCAUUUGAUGACAUCUGAAAAAGGUGAUCGCAGUGUCUGUGGAAUGAGGGCCUGGUAUAACUUGGCCACCAAAUAAGCUCAACAGUUCAUUGUUGCUAAACAAAAGGCUAUUCUGAAAAUUGCUCAAAGCAUUAAAUUUUGGUUUACUUAUUUCUUCAGGCUUUGAAACAACAGAUUUAUGGGUUUACCUCUGCUACCUACUUAUUUGUAAUUAGACUAUUUAAAGUGUGUUUUCUACAUUGGUAUUUAAUGAUUGGGUUAGAUAAUCAAGCUAAGCAACAUUUUAGCACUGUUUUGGAAUCAGAAUUAAUGUGCUACAUUUCUUAAUGUCCAGCCUUAAAUAUAAGUCUUUAAUAUCAGAACAAAUUGAAUACUGUGUGUCCAUGUGUGAUUUUGAGAAAAGAAAACAACUAAAAAUUUGAGGGUACUGUCAAUUUCUAAAAGUAUAUCUGAAUUUUUUGAAAGGUGAUUUGAAAAUAUUUGGCUCUUGCAAAUAGUAAGAUAAUAAAGAUAAUAAAAUUUUAAGUCCCCUAAAAGUGAAUAAAUUCAAAAUCACUUUAAUUUUAAAAUGUAUUGUGUUUUUCUAAAUGGAGAUGAUAGCUUUCCUUUUAUGGGGGGAGGGUCCCCUAAUCCUUUUUAAGCCAUGGAUCCCCUUGAAGAUCUGAUUAAAACUAGACACUCACCCCUACAAGACACACACAUACACCCUGUAAGUCUUACGGACUUUCAGGGGCCAUGGGCCCACUCUGUCAAAUGGCCGCAUAGUUUAGUUAGUUUUACCAGAUAUAUUUGUUCACAGCAAUCAGAAAAAUAAUACAACUUUUACAGGUGCAAGGAUAACUUAGUGAGUUUUCCACACGGACCAAAAGUACUAGUUACAUAUUUCAAUUUAAAACAUUUUUCAAACUAACUUGGAGUGGAUUGUACCUGAUAACCUGCAAGCAGAGAACAACAGUUUUUCAUUCAUUAUCAACAGUCAAAACAAUACCUUAGGUAUUUGAUUCCAACGAUAAUGUCUGGUUUAUAAUAAAGGAAGACAAAUAGGCAGAGUGGUGUUCAGAAGAUUUAUUAAGUGCACAGCUAAAACAUGACUUAGGUACACUCAGCAAUCAAAAGAAAGAACUGAAAAUCAUUACUACCUCAUUAAGGCUUUUCUAUCUGUUUGCCAGGCACAAACAUAAAAUACACCUCUACUCCAAGUUCUUGUUCAGACAUGUUCAGAGAGCUGUAUGUUCUUCGUUUGGAUACUUUUUUUAAAGCCUCUCUUCUCAGUCUUGGCUAAUCCCAGAAUAUUAGCCGCAUAAAAGACCCUACAAUUCUUUUUUCCCUCUCACAUACAGUUGAUAUCUUUUGCUCCUAAAACAGUUCUGAAAAACUCCACCUAUCAUGUUAUCUCUAGGAAUCAAUAACAGGCAGGCCUUUAUCAGUCAUUGAAGAGGCUGAAGCCUUAAAGGCAAAACUAAAAUAUGAAUAAAUGAUACAGUUUGGGGGCAGGGAGAACCACAGACCCUCUAGGAGAAGUGACCUGUAGCACAUUCUCUUUUGAGGCUCUCCCCUGGGGAAGGAGAGAAGCACCUGCCCAGAAGCCAUGAGAACGCCCCCAGACCACGUUCCAAAGCUGUGGACGCUGUAAGUUACCCAGCGCGAGUCGGUGAGGAAGCUUGUUUUGCUUCCACACGCUGGACCUGACAGCCAGACUUAAGGUCAUUCAAAGCCCCACAGAAGAGCUUCCUAAAGCAAAUGGAAAAGAAGUAUUAGCUGACUUCCCUAGAGAAUUAAGAGGUUGAAGAGUCCUUGUGCUGAAGUUGUUUGCUCCUUGUCCAAGUUAACAUAGUUUUAGUUUAACAUAAGAGAACUUUCAUUGGGUAAUUUUUGUUUACAAUGACGACAAAAUCAACAAGUAGUAUUGGAGACAUGCCAUGCUAUCUUCGCACUGCAAUCAUUUCUCAUACAAAACCUGAUGUAAACUGACAAUGUUCACUAACACAGUGUUGGCUGUUACACUGAAAAAGCACAUCAACGUCAUGCUUAGAAAAACCACAUUACACAGCAGUAGAUGAUACAGUAAUACACAGACAUUUCUAGACGUUUGGUUUUUUUCUUGCCUGUGAAAGGGGAUGUGUCCUGACCACCCUAUUUUACCUGUUUCCCUAACAGGAUUCAAGACAUAAUUUUUCAUUCCUUUUUCACCUUUUAAAAUUUUUCACAUUGAUGCGAACAACUUUCAGAACUCUAGAAAAUAGUUUCAGAUGACUCAA